UAUUAAUACCUCAGAAAAAAAAAUCGAAAGCAGCCACAGCUCCAUUUCCCUUCUCCCCUCCGUCGUCCCCAAAUAUCUGAAUCUCUCUUUGCCUUCAAUGUGUUUAUUGACCGGAAAACCCCCAACAAGCUGAGAAGAUAAUGGCUUGGAGGCUCUGUUCCCGCCGUUCCAUCCUUUCUUCUAUUUGCCAAGUCCCAAACCUCCGACUGCAGCUUUCACAUCCUCCAAGAUUCGAAGCUCUGUAUGAUUCUGCUCUGAGCACUUCAACAAGUCAAAUUAGCUGUGGGUUUUGCCCAAAAUUUCAAGCUUCACGAUCAUAUGCCCGUGGUGGGCAUAAACCUUAUGAUCUCUUUGGAAAUGGACAACCUGGUGAUAAGGACUUUAGGAAAGCCUGGAAGAAAGAGAUUGAUGAAGAUGCUUCUUUAUGGACAGGAAGUGAAGAAGAAAGUGACAAUGAAAAGGAUGAAAAGAGUCAUCUGGAAAAAGAGAUUCGAAAAGUAAGACAGCAGGCAAGGGAGCACUCUAACCUGAUUGAUGCUGAUGACAGUGAUGAGCUGAGAAGUGUUUGGUCUGGAAGUGAUGAGGAGAAGUCUCUGUGGACUGGUAGUGAAGGUGAUGAUGACGACGAUAUUCCUACUGAACCCUACCCAAAUGAAAGCAGUGAUAAACAUAUAGAUAAACUAUUUGAGUUUGAGGAAACAUCAAAGUAUCGGACAAUCUCAGAAUUAUUCAAAGCUGAGCAGGAACCGGAAGAAUUGUCCCCUGGAAAGCAAGCUAGGAAAAUUGCAGUUGAGAAUGCCUUGAAAAAGUUGAAGAAAGGGCCAGAUGGUCGAUACAUUAACGUAUGGGAGGUCAUGAGUGACUUAGAUAUUCUAAUAGGAGCAUUUGAAAAUAUAGUUUCAGGACCAGAAUAUGCAGAGCUUAGACAGGGAGGGCCUAAGAAAUUAAAUAUUCAGUUUUUCAAGGAUAUACAAGCCCGUAUGAGAGAUCCAAAUUAUAAGUUCUCACCUGAGUUAAAGUUGAAACCAAAGAGCAAACUAGUUCGUAGAAAGAAAUGGCAGAAGACACAAUCUAGGCGGAGGAAAGCACAAAAGCGCUAGGUUUCUCCCUCUUUAUUGUUCAAAUCUGUCAAACUUAGAAAGUGUAACAUGUGUAUCGUUCAAACUUUGGAAAUUUUGAUAUAUGUUUCUGAAUUCUAUAUAUGAUUUCUUUGUUGGCCUAUCUAACAUCCAGUUAUACUAGUGGUCGGGUUCCACACAUGUUUGUUGUGUCAAUUACGUUAUUUUGCUUUGGAAGAUGCUAGGGUGACUUCAAAAAAAUUACCCAAAACGUAGGCUCAUCAGGAAACGAACCCAUUUCUCCAAAAUUUAGAAAAGCCACUCAUUUUGGGUUUGAAAAGACCAAGACACCCUUAUUUAAUACAGCACUCGAGCCUUUUUCAUCUUUGUCUGCUCAAGAAUGCCAUAUUCGCAUUGGCUUCUGAAUAUGUUCUAAAGCAACCCUUUUACUGGCAAACUGUACGCCGAUUGUGGUCUCACAUUUCAUGUCAUGAUCCUGCAGAUGCCUAUCCAGGCAAGAGCCAGCUGUGGGCAAUCUGUAAGCGUAACAUUGUGUAGUCCCCUAACAUUGUGCAGUCCCCUCUAGGGUACAAUGCUUAUUGUGGAUCAGAGGUCAAGGAAACACCACGUUUGCUGACCUGUAUGCAUGAUUUUCUUAAUCAAUGUAUCAUCACCAUGAUCAUCUUUACGACACACAAUUAUCUUGUAGUGUGCCCCUUUCAAUAUUUUGGUAUAAUGAAGUACCCUCAGCCAAGAAGCUUCGUAUAAUGGUAGAUAUCCAUAAGUAUUUCCUUGAACAUCCUGAGUAUUUAACAGAUGGGGUAAUUCUGUUACAAUUUUUCAUUUCAAAUCCUGAGGCUGUUGUAGGGAAAUUAUGUCCACAAGUUUCCUGCAUUGACAGCAUACUGAUGCCAUUAGAUCUCUUGAACCUGGUGAAGAACUUAGCAUGGCUUGGUCCAGAUGGCUCUGAAGACUUGCAACUUGAUAAAGCAGCGCUCCUUCCUCCUCUGUACUUGGAGGCAACUAUGCUUGACCCUGUUGUUCGGCCUACAAACAACCCAGCAACAACAAGAAUUCCAUUAAAGAUUUGCAGUUGUAAUCCAAGGAUCAGCACAAAGUCAAGGUAGAAGGGCCUGGUCAAUGUUGGUCGUUACUUGUGGGGCUCUCUGUUCGUUUCUGUUUUUUUCUUUCCUUUUCUUCGUUGUUUAGUCAAGUGCAACUGUUAUGGGGUCCUUCUGCAAGCUGCAACUCAAAGGCACAGACAAAGAUUAGUCACACAAGGAAAAAUGACAAUGAAGAAGCUUUGCUUGCCUUUUGACUUCUUUUUUUUUCCUUCUUCCAAUUGAAACGUUUCAAAUCCUUCAAUCUUUUACUCCUUUCCCCAUUUCCUGUGUUGGGGUUCUGUUGUCUUGCUAAUCCAACGAGAUAGUCUCCAUGUAAGAUUCAGUCAAAUUUCAACUCUCUUUUUAAGAAAUGAAUGUAAUUUGUUUUUAUGGUAA